AUGUGUUCUGCUGUAACAGACAGGGAUAAUGUAACAUGUAACAGAUCCAAUGAAAAUUAUGAACUUCCCAGUAGUUCGUCUCAAUGUCGCCAAGCUCAGCUUGUCUUUUCAAGCGCUCAGCAGGAUCCACCAGAUUUUCCGCAGAACUUCAACGACGUUGAUCAGAAAAUUCUGUCAACAUCUCAACAGAUCCUUAAUGAUGAAGUUCAGGACCCUCCAUCUAACCCCGUGCUUGAUUUAAAUAAUGUUUCACUUCUGGAUUCAGUGACUGUUUCUCUAACAAAUAACCAACUAAAUCCUCCAGCUCAGAAAAGUCCGCAAACCUAUGACAAAGUCUUAAAAAGCUUUUCACAUGCACCAUCAGACUCUGAACCAAAUUCACUCAACUGUUCUAAAGUUUAUCCUGAGAGCCUAGUGAAUUGUUGCCUCACUAAAUUGAAUGACACUCUUAUGGCUAAAUUAAAUUAUGAUGAUUCAAAUGAAAUUCUUAAGAAAACAACAACUAAGGCAAAAGGUGACAAGUCCUCAAAAACUAAAGCUAAGAAAAAUAUUAAAAGAGGAAAGAAGGUAGACACAAAAAAAGCAAAGAGGCAAGUUUUACAAGAAAAGAACAAUGACACAGAUUGUGAAGAUGAUUUUAAAGCAGAUUCUAGGAAAAUGAAAGAAAAACUAAAGCAAGGGAGAAAUAAAAUAAAAAGAAACAAAGAUACAGGACCAGCAAAAACCAAAAAAAGGAAAAUAAAUAAAUAA